CCAACCCUCGCCGAAAAGCCUUCCAAAAAAUGUCGGACGAUUUUGAAAGAAGACCAAAUCCUAAAGGCUGGGUGCCCCCAAAGGCCCCAUACAAUCCUUAUGAUUCAACGGACAUUCGGCCCGCAGAAGGUUAUCCAUCGGAAUUCAAGGUACCCAGCGAAGCACCACUGGGGUUUUCUUCAUUACCCAAAAAUCCCACACAAUAUAAGAAAAUAAACGAGACUAUGAAAAGGCUCAACUACACGCCGAGACCUAUGUCGACUCUAUACCCGGGUCAGUACAUGGUGUUGCGUAAAGUCGAUACUAAUCAGAGGCUCAACACUGGAACGAGAUGGUUUGGAACUUUCCUCACAGGGUCUAUUCUCUUCUAUUUCUCUUUCUUUUACAGGUGGAACGAUGGGCAUGAAAACAUAAUGUCCGGAUUCUACAGAACAAGACUUCAAUUGAAGGAGAAAUUCUUUGGCCUCAACAAUCUUGAAUACGAGGAUUUGUACCACCCUAGAGACACCAUUUCUACGGUCAGAAAUGUCCGUGAUACCGACUACAUUCCUGAGGAGUUGCGUAAAACAAAAGAGGGCGAUUUCGCCUUGAACAGACCUUCGGAGAGACAUGUAUUGGAGGCAAAAAGAAUUCAGCAAGAACAAGAAGAGAAACUCUUGCGUGAAUUUGACAUGCAUCAGGAAUUUGCCAAACAGUUUAUGGAGGACGCACCAGAGCAAAAGAAGAAGAAAAAGUUUUGGUUGUUCUGAGGUGAAGGCUGUCACAUAAUCGCCGAGGCUUCGCUUAAGAAUAAUGUUGUACAUAGAUGCUCUAGUAAUUUAUUAUUUCCAUACAUUUGAAGAAUAAAAAGACUUUAAUGAAUGUUCCUGAAA